AUGCAAGGAUAUACUGACUACAUGCGCGAUGCAGAAUACGACAAGCUCCUCUAUGCAAACUGCAAGAAAGGAGAGAACGAAGAGAAGGAAAAGGAAGAAGAACAAUGUACUGAAACACCUUCAAACUCCGGAGCGGCAUCAUGCAUUGAUGAUUUCCCAACCCAAGCUGAAGUUGAUUCUGAAAGACAUGUUGAAUUAGAAAAUUCUACCUAUUUUGUUUAA